AUGUACAGCAUGAUGAUGGAGACGGACUUGCACUCCCCCGGCGGAGCCCAGGCCCCCACGAACCUCUCGGGGCAGACUGGAGCGGGCGGCGGCGGUGGUGGCGGCGGCGGGGGGAACAAAGCGAACCAGGACCGGGUCAAAAGACCCAUGAACGCCUUCAUGGUGUGGUCGCGGGGCCAGCGGCGGAAGAUGGCCCAGGAGAACCCCAAAAUGCACAAUUCGGAGAUCAGCAAGCGCCUGGGGGCCGAGUGGAAAGUCAUGUCGGAGGCCGAGAAGAGACCGUUCAUCGACGAGGCGAAGCGGCUGCGGGCGCUGCACAUGAAGGAGCACCCGGAUUAUAAAUACCGGCCCCGGCGGAAGACCAAGACCCUGCUCAAGAAGGACAAGUACUCUCUGGCCGGGGGGCUACUGAGUGCCGGCUCGGCCGGGGGAGGCCCGGCCGGCGUCGGUGUGGGCAUGGGCGUCGGCGUCGCCCCGGCGGCGUCCGGGCAGCGGCUGGAGAGCCCCGGCGGCACGGCCAGCGGCGGCUACGCGCACAUGAACGGCUGGGCCAACGGCGCCUACCCGGGCUCGGUGGCGGCGGGCGCGGCGGCGGCGAUGAUGCAGGAGGCGCAGCUCGCCUACAGCCAGCACCCGGGCAGCGGGGGGCACCCGCAUCACCCGCACCCCCACCACCCGCACACCCCGCACAACCCGCAGCCCAUGCACCGCUAUGACAUGGGCGCCCUGCAGUACAGCCCCAUCUCCAACUCGCAGGGCUACAUGAGCGCCUCGCCCUCGGGCUACGGCGCCCUGCCCUACGGCUCCAGCCCCCACCAGAACUCGGCGGCGGCGGCGGCGGCAGCGGCGGCGGCGGCGGCCGCCUCCUCCGGGGCGCUGGGCGCCCUGGGCUCGCUGGUGAAGUCGGAGCCCAGCGUGAGCCCCCCCGUCACCUCGCACUCGCGGGCCCCGUGCCCCGGGGACCUGCGGGAGAUGAUCAGCAUGUACUUACCGGCCGGGGAAGGCGGGGAUCCGGCGGCCGCCGCCGCCCAGAGCCGGCUCCACUCCCUGCCCCAGCACUACCAGAGCGCCAGCACGGGGGUGAACGGCACCGUCCCCUUGACGCAUAUCUGAGCCCCCGCCGGCCGCCGGCACCGGCGCCGGGAGCGGCGGAGGUGGGCGCGGGCCCCGGCUCGGCCACCGGCCCCGGCCCCGGGCCGCCCCGCAGGACUGCGCACCCCGCCGCUGCCACCGCACGCUCAGCCCCUGGCCGCCCGCCCGCGCCCGGCCCGCUCCGCUCCUGCCCCGCUCCCGGC